AUGUCGUAUGUGGUGCAAGCCGGACUCUUUGCGAGCGGUCUAGCGGUUGGAGUUGGUGGAGCGGUCCUGCUCGCGUCCAACCGCAAGCCCACCGCGGUGGCUGUCUCGCACGACCAACCCGCUGCACCCGGUCAACCUGCGGUCACUCGCAGCACCCCCUCCUCCUCAUCUGUCGCUGUCGUCGACUCGGGCUAUGCGUCUUCCGACGCCCUCGGACCGGCAGGCUAUCCCGGCCCUGUUUCCGACUUUCUCCGCCACGCGGCGUACGUCUCGUCCUACGACCGUCGACUGCGGCACCCCGCCUGGACCGCCGAGCACCUGACGGCUGCAGCGCUGCAGCGUCCGCCAGGGCCCAAACCGGACCGCUCGAACUCUGUCUUCCGCGAAGACACUCGGAUCCCUGAGCUCUUCCGCGCCAAGAUGGCCGACUACUUUCGCUCGGGCUACGAUCGCGGCCACAUGGUGCCCGCUGCCGACGCCAAGGUCUCACAGCUGGCGAUGGACGAGACGUUCCUGCUCACCAACAUUGCGCCUCAGGUGGGUGCGGGUAUGAACCGCGACUACUGGGCACACACAGAGGACUUUGUCCGCCGCCUCACCUCGAGAUUCGCCGACCUGUACGUGUUCACCAUCCCGCUCUACCUGCCCCGCCAGUAUCCCGAUGGAAAGUUCCGCGUCUCGUACGAGGUCAUCGGCAACCCUCCCAACAUCGCCGUACCCACCCACUUCGCCAAAGUCAUCCUCGGCGUCGGCACGGCAAGCGAAGCAAAUGGCGCCCCCGGGCCAAAGCCAGAAUGGAAGGCGAUUGGAGCCAAGGUGGGCUUGGCCAACGUGAUGGCCCUGGGCGCGUUCGUCAUGCCAAACAGCGUGAUUCCCAACGAGGCACCGCUGGAGAGCUUUGCCGUGCCCGUCGAGACGGUCGAGAGAGCGGCAGGAUUGACGCUCUUCCCUCCGGCCGUCAAGGGCGCAGCUAAGAGGCUGUGCGAUACCGUCCAGUGCUCGAUCGUGGUGAGGGACUUUGGCGAUAAGAGCAAGACGCUGUCCGCUGCAGCUCCCAAACCGCUCCCCGCACCCAGUGCCAGACUCUAG